AUGCCGAUCAAGCUACCCAAAGGCUUCGCUCGGCGGAAAUCUUCUGGAAAUGCCCUGGAAGAGUUGGACCAGGCCCGCCGGCCUUCCUUCAAGGUCUUCGAGCGUCCUGCUCCCGGUAGGAAGUCCCUCGAUGGAUCUACCACUCUAAACUCCAUCGACGGCAACAGCAACAGCAACAGCAGCCGUACGAAACGCUCGUCGGAAGACCCGUACGCAAACAACCUCUUUGCAAACAUCGACCCGCCCUCUUCUGUGGAAAACCGCUCUGCUUCCUCCGCAAAGUUUAGUUCCUCGUCCACGUUACCAAGCUCCACCGAUAUCCCCAUCCAAGAUGUCCCCGUCCCCCCAAUGCAUGAUUCUUCCUUCUUCUCCCUUCGAUCCUCUGGUCGCACUUUUUCCUUCGGAAACAAAUCUUCUUCGGCCAAGUCGCUCCAACGCCAGGACGUCGUCACUCCUCGGUCUAGAGGGACCGUAGCGACCAGAGAGAGUGCGGCCACGGCCAGUACUACAAGCACUGCCACCCCUCCCAGAUUACCAGAUACAAACUUGGACAUGGGUGACGCGUUAAGUUUCGGGAAUAUGUUUGAUGGACUCGACAAGGAGAAGGAAAACCACAAAGAACAGCCGGCGGCUCCCCUGUUACAGAGUUCCCUUCGCCGGGAGUCCGCAUCGGUAACCCCAUUAAUACCUACAAAAGGCUCUCAGAAUCAUCCUCCUCCCCUACAAUUUGUGUCCUCGAAAGAUGUUGAACCUUCCCCUCAUACUAAUGACAGCCAGAAUUCACGAGACCGUCUAAUGAGUAGGGAAGAAGACGACCCUAUAUUAUCCCGCCCGCCCGCCUCUCGGGUAAGAACCUCAGUCCUGCCAAGCACCAACGGUAGUCUAUCGCCGACGUACAACUCUGGUCCCAGCUCUAGGUACUAUAGAAGUACGGUAAAGCUUAGCCGCGCUGCUGAUGUUGAAGAUGAGGACGCGAAGAUUGUUAAUAAUUCCGUGUCUGCACAAAGACGGAUGACUACCGAAUUUUCACCUGACGGUGACACUCCUAGCUCUCUACCAUUCUCAGGGAGCAGAUGGAAGCAGCGUAAUGCUGCGAAACAGAUCACCCAUCGUCCAACUCCACAGGACGCAGACCCUCAUAACGACACCCACGACGACGCUCACCUUGUAGCUGCAUUGGCUGCCGAGGCUAGUUUAGCUGAACGAUAUGAGGAAAAUGCUAGCAACUCCGAAGGGCAUCAGCCUCCGAAGGUCAUGACUCCAGCGCAGUUCGAGCGGUAUCGACAGCAGAAGGAGAUGACGAUGAAAGAAAGUAAUGCUUCCAGCACUAGUCAUUCGGAUGACGACGAUAGCGAUCAUUAUGACGAGGAAGAGGAUGAGGUGGAGAAGGCUCGCGAGGCUACAAAGCAAAGGAAGAAGCAGGAGGCCCAUCUCUCGGUGUACAGGCAGCAAAUGAUGAAAGUUACAGGGGAGGCAGCCAAGUUGCGCAAUUCUCAGCAGAACGACGUGGAUAAUGCCAGUCCACCAGGUCUGCUGAACAAUAUAAACCGAACGUCUUCUUUCAUGUCACCAGAGCAACUGACCACCGGGAAAGUCAACGAUGGGGAGGACGAUGAUAUACCGCUUGCCAUCCUGGCGGCGCACGGUUUCCCCAAUAGAACUCGACCACCCGGACUCCUCACCCCGUCGAUUUCAAAUCCUAAUCUUCGCGCAUCGAUGCAGUCGUUUGCUGCGAGUCCGCCCUCUGUCGCCGCCGAGUCCCCAGUAGCAACAACGCCAACGGCUCGUGCCAGUCUCCCGGUGUUUGCUCGAAAUCUUCCCCGUGAUCCGUAUAACGUCGGCGCUAGUCUUGUAAACCCUUCUCACCGGGAAUCCCUGGCUAUGGGUGGAGGCACUCCUUCGGUCUUCGGCGCACCACCUGGCCUACCACCUGGCGGACUAGUUGGCGUAAUCGCAAAUGAAGAGCGCGCCAAGGCCAUGAGACGAGGGAGCCCGAAUGCCCCUCGUGGAUAUGAUGCACCUCCCGGAAGCUUGCUCGCGAUGAACAUGAACGGACCGCAAAAUAAUACUCUGCCUCUACACCAGCAGCAGCUGCUGCUGCUGCAGCAACAGCAACAACAACAACAAUUCCUAAACGUCCCUGGCGCCCCACCAGGCCAGCAGCCGGUUGUUGGCCAACCAGACCAGGUGUCACAGAUGACCCAGAUGAUGCAGACGCAGAUACAAUGGAUGCAAUCCAUGAUGCAGAUGCAGGGGAUGCAAACGCCCAUGAACAUGGGUCCUGGCGUUCAUAACGCUCCACCGCCCUCCCUGCCCCGUCCGGUAUCCAUGUUCUCCAACUUCAACCCCAGCCAACCCCACCUCCCAGGACCCCCACAAGUUGACCAUAGAACUCUAAGCCUCCUCGAUCCCAAAUGGAAUAAUAGACAAUCUGCCUUCUUCCCAAAUUCACCACUAGGACCAGAACCUGGCUAUGCCCCCUCGGUCGCGCCGUCUGAGCGCAGCAACAUCGGCACAGCCAGACGCUACCGCCCCGUCUCAACCAGCCAGCCCCCGCCGCAUGACAAGGCCAUGGCGCGCUCGUCAACGUUCACUGCCUCCACACUCCGGCCGUGGACGGAGGAACAGCCCUGGAAGAUAUCGCGUACCUCAACCAUGAAUCUGAAUAGCGAUGGCAGCGCCAUUGACAUGCUGCGGGUGGGGACGGAGGGAUUGAAUGUGCCGGGGACGAAUGGGUCGAGACCCCUCAGCGGGUUGAGGGUUAGUACGAAUAUGGACAUGAAUAUAAACGGUGGGAAGGGCGGCGAUGUCCACGUCAUCCACCGUAACGCCGACGACGACGACGACGACGAUGAAGAAGGGGCGUGGGCAGAGAUGAUGAAGAAUCGGGAGAAGAAGAAGAGUGGGUGGCGAUUUAGGAAGACGAUGUCGGCCGGGCUGGGGGAUUUGUUUUCGCAUUCGCAUUCGCAUUCGCCUCCGUUGUGA